AUGGAUGUACCUUUGUUUCUUUUCCUUUGCAGGCAAGCUAAUGAAGAAUAUCAAGUGCUGGCUAAUUCAUGGCGCUAUUCAUCUGCUUUCUCAAACAAACUAUUUUUCACAAUAGUGGAUUAUGAUGAAGGUGCAGAUGUUUUUCAACAGCUGAACAUGAACUCUGCUCCGACUUUCAUGCAUUUUCCUCCAAAAGGUAAACCCAAGAGAGCUGACACGUUCGACCUGCAGAGAAUUGGCUUUGCAGCUGAGCAGCUAGCUAAAUGGAUAGCUGACAGAACAGAUGUUCAUAUUAGAGUGUUCAGGCCUCCUAACUAUUCUGGUACAAUUGCACUGGCUCUUCUGGUAUCUCUUGUUGGUGGAUUGUUGUACCUGCGAAGAAAUAACUUGGAGUUCAUCUACAACAAAACUGGCUGGGCCAUGGCAGCUCUGUGUGUUGUAUUUGCUAUGACAUCUGGUCAGAUGUGGAAUCAUAUACGUGGGCCCCCAUAUGCACAUAAAAAUCCUCAAAAUGGACAAGUGGUGAGUUGA